GCGGCGCGUCCUCUCUCACUCUCUCUUUCUCUCUUUUCCGCACGCUCUUUUCUCUCUCUCUCUCUCUCGCUCUCUCUCUUCCCUCUCGGCGCGCACUCGGCGCAAUCGCCGCUCGGCACGCACGCUCCGUAUUCCGCGCGUACGGUGCAUACAUGUAAUAAACGCGGUGCGUGCGUGCGUGCGCGCUUGCGUGCGUGCGCGUGCAUCGGCGGCAGGUACGCAGCAGGCAGACAGGUAACGCGUGAAGGACACGUAACGUCGCGCGCCGCGCCGAGAGAGUCGGAGACCAACGCAGCGCCGCGACACGUCGCCUCCAACCCGGGGAAGAGGAAGAAGAAGAAGAGGAAGAAGUGACAUCGCUCGACGCGUCGCGACGUCUGCGCGCGGCGACGACGGCGACUCGCCGCGCGUCGUCGUGUGACCCAUAUACACGGUGACACGGUGACACUGCACGGGGGGAAAGUGAUCGCCGGGCUGAUGCGAACUGCGGCUCGUGUGCGCAUCGUCGCGGGUGUCGUGGUUUCCAUCGUGCGGGAAAGAGCGGGAAAAUCAAGCGCGACGGCGUACUCGUGGUGCACGAUGCGUGCGAGCUGAGGAACGCGUGAACGUGCGUGAGUAAACGAGCGAGCGAGCGAGCGAGCGGACGGACGGACGUGAGCGCGUUGCGAAACCUCCUUGUAGGCCUCAGAUGUGGUACAAAAUGAAGCGAGCGUAUCCGCGAGCGAUCGAUAACUAUAGCGGCACUAUAGUCGACUCGGUGAAUAGCAAGCGGCCCGUGCUACCAGCCAAUCCAACCUAACGGACAACGCGUGACCUCCAGGAGCGGCGGCGUGGCCGAGCAGGGUGGAUAGGUGGGUGUAGGCUCGUAACACCGGCGAUCCCAGCUCGACUACGACGACGGCGACGACGAUGUAGAGAGAGAGAGAGAGAAAGAGAGAGAAGGGAAAACAGGGGGAGAGUUUCCGUUGCUCCGCACCUGAGGUAUUAAGGGACAUCGCGAGAAGUAACACAAAGAGAAAGAAGAAAAGAAAACGUGCAUCGAGGACGAUGCGAGAAAGUGCAAGAAGGAACAUCUCCCGUGAGUAAGGCUCGUGUUUAUUUCAACGAUGACAAUGGAAUGCCAUUAAUGACGCGACGGUGAUCGACGGAAUCGACCGAUCGUCGCUUAACGAUCGAUCCAGCGAGCAUCGCGCGCUCCGGUAUACUCGCUCCCCUUCUCCGGAACGCUCGAAGCGGAACGCGAACGCGGGGAGAAUAAGAAUCGGGGAAGAGAGACAAACGGAAGAAGGUGGAAAGGAAGACGGGACGAGAGAAAGAUAGUGCGUGAGAGGAGGGGGGAGGAAAAGAAGAGAGAGAAAGAAGAAAGGAACGGAGAUAAAGAAGGAGGAGAGAAAGACGGUAUCUUAUUUUUAGCAGCGCCGCUUUGCGCACGUCGCAAAAACCGGUUUCACGCGGAGUCCACCGCCGAGUCCAGGUUGGAGUACGAAGGAAACCGAUAGGCUCUCUCGCCAACGUGGGGUUUUCGAGGGAGGAAGAAGAAAUACCUAUGUAGAUAACAAAGGCACGUGCACGUCCCUGUCCGCGGAGAAGUACCAGUGGGGUAGAGAAAGGGAAAACGGGCGGAAGAAGUAUAUGCUUCGUUAUCGGGCGCUUUGGGGGCGCCUGAAAAUUUCUUCGGAUGCGUUUCUUCGGAGGGACACAUUUACACGUUCAGGAAUUUUAAAUGAGAAUAACAAAAAUAAGGCCUAAGAUAAAGGAGAUAUUUGCGUCGUGAUAUCUGAUCCCCAGGCUUUGUAUGCGAGAUACGCGCGUAUGGGCGCAUGAGAAAAAUAAUAAAGAAGAAAAAGACAAAUAAAGAGAGAGAAAGAAAUAGGAGGAAACAAUGACACGGAACGUGGAAUUCGCUUAACUCGAUACGCGCGCGAUUCUCUCGCACCCCGCUGCACCUUGCUCACCCUCCUCCAUCCCACCCCCCCCCUCCCGUACCAAGUAUAACCACCUCCGCCGCUCCUUCUUGUUCUCGGGCUACCGGCUUAUCGAUUGCGUGCGUGAGUACGCGACAACGCGGUCGACGCGAGAUUCGAUUAUCGACCGCCUAGACGACGACGACGUCGAAAUUGAAGGAGUCUACCUGAUACCAGCUGGUACCUCUUCAGGACCAUCGAGUUUUCGGUAGCAAUCGGAGGCACAAACAAGUCCACGACAAAAUUCCAAGGAUGCUUUUCGAUUGAAGGAUCGAGGGCCGUUGUCAACGAAUCAUUUCCAGUCAGAUCCUCAAGGAAGAACCGAUAAUAAGUGAAGACAAAAUUGAUUAUAUCGAUCUUACAGCAAAGUUGAAAUUGCCAAUGUUUAUCCAGGGAAAGAGAGAGAAAAAGAGAGAGAGAGAGAAAGAGAAUAUACAUAUAUCGCACUCUAGUCUGUAACUUUUAAUGAAAAUCGGAAGAGAACGGAACUUAGCGCGAAAGUCGAAAUACUUCGUUCCCCAGUAAUGAGCACAACGACGAGCAUUAAAUGGGAAAAUCGGUAUUCGCCAUUGGUACAAGUAUCGCAUUGUCGAGAUCGUAUUGUACAAUAAUAAAUAUAUCGAUACCGGUACGUCGAUGAAAUUGAAUCCACCUGUAAUAAAACGAUGUCUCCAAGCUGAGACUCGAUCUCCAAAAAACGGCUUAUGCGCAAUCUCUGUAAAUCGCAUACCGCGAUAACGUUGGUGACAGUACAGCCGUACAGGUGUCGACGCGUGCAACAACCUGGCAAUCGAUCCGCAUCCGCGACAGCAACGGCGCGACGACGUUGAGGACUCUCGCCCUCGCGGAUUCUCCGUUUCCGAUGUAAAGCCGGGAGAGCGUUCGCGAAGAAUACAAACGGCAUGAAGAAUGGCAACCAAUUCCUCGUCGUCGAGCACUCGUCAGGACGUGAGGGCGGUCGCCACGACGACUACCGAUCCGCAACGGAGCGAAAAGCGCGCCGUCGCGGCGCGCGGCGCCGCCGGCGCCCUGGCCCUGAGCGUCGUGGCUCUGGUCGUGCAAUCAGCGGCCACCGGGACUCCCACCUGGGGAUACUUCACCAAUCCUGACGCUGGCACCGCCGCGGAGAGGGGUUACUUCGGACCAUGGAGACAAUGUAAACUCCUACUUUAUGGACGUGAGUGGUGUGGCCAAAGUGUCUCCAGGUUCCAACCAGUGUUGGCUGUGUGGGUAGCGGGAUUAGCUGCCGCUACCGCCUCUGCCCUUUUGGCGAUUCUGGUCGCUUUGGCUGUGCUUCAAUUAGCGAUGGCCUCUUCCGCGAAACGGGUUGUAAUCUCUUACAGUACUGCCCUAAUAGGCAAGGUUGCCCUAGCUACAUUAGCAACGGCACUGUCGAUUGUGGCGGCAAUCCUCUUCGCUCUGCAAACAGAUGAUCGAGCCAACAGCUUCGCCAUCACGAGAGGAGAAGCUUUUUAUAUGCAGUUGGUUGCCAUCGCCUUGAACUUUGGCGUACUGGUAUCUGCCGUUUACGAGGGCAUUUACGCCCGAAGAGGUGGCGACCCGACCAAGAUUAGGGUCGUCACGGAUUCCCGUGGAGCCACAAUAAAUAAUCCAGGAUAUCGGGAAUAUCACCAACCCACGAACGGUGGUACGAUCUCGAUGACAGACGCCAGCGGCAAACCGUACGUCGGCGGUGCCGGAAACGGAUCGAUGGCAUCGGUAGCGACUUCCGGCAGCGUGGCCAGCACGGCCUCGCCCCUCAGGAGCUCCCUGAAGAAGCCGAAACCCCUCGGCAUUCAUAAUCCCGGUUUCUCGACGCACAGCCCGACCCUGUCGAGGAACGGCUCGCAGAAGAAGGUGCGCAUACAGACGCACUCGACGGAAGUUUAGCCGACAAUCGACCCUCUCUCUCUCUCUCUCUCUCUUUCUCUCUCUUGGCACGUUGCCGACGUGUGAGAGUUUGCUACGUGAUUGCAGCAACCGUCGUCGUUUAAGGCCGCUGCGACAGGAAAUCGAAUGGCCGAUGACAAGACUUCUACUCGAGGUAGUUCCACGUGGGUGUUCCAUUAACGGUAGGUGGUAAACGAUAUUAUCGUUGAUCCGGCGCGAGAGAACGCGAUCAAAGACGAAGUCCGUGUCGAACGAUCUUUGCUGCUUCAGCCGUAGAUGAUGCAAAAGUCCGUCGUCGACGAAUGCCGUUACGCCGUGCGUUUCGAUAAUGGGACCUUUUUAACGAGUUACGAAGGCGCGAAUCAACCCGUUUGCGAGUUCGGCGUUGUCGUUACGACAACAGAAUGUAAAUAGGCGUUACGUUACGAUCGAUAAUCGUCGGAACUCUUCGAAGCUACCUGAGUUAAAUAUCAAAUGAAUUCAGAUCAAACGCGCGAUCGGUAGGGACUUGUUGAUUGUAUUAGGUUUCUUUUUUCCAAUUUUUCUACGGUGUCUUUAGACACGGCAUACAUUCGUAAGUGUCGGCUAACAGAACGCGAAUGAAACUAUAAAAGAAGUAUGGGCAGGGGAGAAUAGGUAGGUAGAGUAAAAUAGAGAAUAUAUGAUAUGUUAAGGAAAACAGGAAGCGCCACAAUUAUUGAACGUCUAAUGAAUUUAUGAUGGCGCAACAUUUUAAAUGUAAAAAUUUAAGAAAACAUUACAUAGCAUAAAAUAUAAUACGUAUGUGUGUAUGUAUAAUAUAUAAGUGGCAAAAAUUCUGACCUAAUAUCGUACGUGGUUUUUUAUAAAUCUUACGAAGUAUCGAACAAUAAAGUUCUACAUAUUACACAGGAUAUCAGGGUAUUGAUUCCAUAAUUUCAUUACACAUACACAUACACACACACACACACACACACACACACACACACACACACAAUACUUAAAUUAAUAAUAUCGACAUUAAUUUAAACGUUAAUAAAUGUCUGAAAUUAUCUGAGUCAUUAGAAAUCAUAUCUCAUAUAAAUUUACAAUAGCCAAGCAAAAAUCAAUUCCAAUAUAUGCAUUUUCAAAUCUCUUAAAUAAAAUUAAAAAAAUUCAUUAUAAAAAAAAUAUGAAUUUGAACAAAAUAAAAAAGAGGAACAAAAUGUUAUGUUAGCAAAAAUUACAUAAAUUAUUGUUGUUUUACGAAAUGAAGACUGUAAUUCUACCACAAUACUCUAUAUCUAUAUUGACCCAUCUUACUCUCUUGCCUUAAUAAGUAUAUUCUACACGCCAAAAGAAGAUAGAGAACUGAAAAUGAGCACAAGAUCAUUGUAAAAUAUUAAAUUUUAAAAUAUUAUUGCUUUGUUCAUAAAAGUUUAUGAGAAAAUAUAUGAAUGAUACAAAAUUUAUUAUGUACAUAUUGUUUAAAAUAUACUCACAAAUUUAAUUUCUAUUCUAUUCUAUAUUCUUUUAUAUAUAUAUGUGAAGAAAUUUGUUUAUCACGUAUCAACAGGCUUUAAACAAAAUUAAUUUCCAACUUGCUUCAUUAAAAUACAAAUGUGUAUUGUUCUGAAAAUAUCCUACUUGUGUAAUAAAACACAAUUAUUUUAGUCACGUUGUUGGAGAGUUAUUUGAUUACGUGACCGUAUUCAAAAUGCAAUAAAUAACGUUUUCUAUCAUUAUUUAAUUAACAAAAUAAGCGCGACUUCUAAUGUUAAAGUUCAAUUGAACAUUAAGAUAAAAUACAUAAAUGAAUAAAAUUGGAACUUUUAGAGUAUGUAGCUGUCUUUGUUACAUAUACACGCACACCGAAAAACCGAAAUAAUUGUUACAAUUAUUUUUUAUGUGACCAUUGAUAUCAUACGUCUAACUGAAAUUCAAUUAACGGCGACAAUCUUCUAAAAUAUUUUCAUAUCUACUCUUGAAAGCUUAAAGGAUAGAGCGAAAAAGUUUAUUCAAGAUAUGUAUAAAGUUUUAUAAUAAUGUAAGACAUACACGGCAAUUAACCGUUACCGAAUUUAAUAAUUGACUUGAAAAUUUUUCUGACUUAAUAUGUAAAUAUUAAUGGUACGUAAUUAUAUAUAAUUAUUAGUAUUAUUAAUAGUUUUCCGUCCUAUCAAGUACUUCGUAAUAUUUAGUAUUAAUAUUCAUUAAUUUGCUGAACAUUUUAUUAAAUGUUCAAAGAUUUAUAUCUUACUUAUUAAAAGCAAAAGUUGUUGUGUAUUUUAAAAAUAUUAUUUGAUUUAUUUGUUAUUAUAUUUUUAUAAGUUGGAUAAUAUAUCCUUUUGAUAAUUAAGGUCGCACAAAGUCGAUUAAUAUUAAUUAUAAUUUAAAUAGAAAAUGUUAUUUAAUACCUAAUUCAGAUGAUCAAAUUAAAUCAAGCAUUGCAAAAAUCAAGUACUUUUUUAUAUAUUAAAGAAUCUAAUUUUCAUUGUAGUAAACGAUUAAUCGUUGAUUAUUAUUAUUCGGCAUAACGGAUUGCCGUGAAAGUCGCAAGAUGCGUGAUAUGUUUUCCUUUCUUUUUCUCCCCCUUAUAUUUCAAUGUUUUCUUCUACAUUAUUAGUUCUAGUAAUAAUCGUAUUUUUCCUCAUCGCGAGAGGAAAGUGAAAUCACAUUAUAGCAUUGCAUCCGUCCAGCCCUAUGUAGGCAGCUAGCUGUGAAAAAACGGCAAGUGAAAGAGAGAUAUAUAAAUAUAUAAAUUUAUAUUUAUAUUUUAUAUAGUGGUUGUUUUAAUAUAAUAAUAUAUUUAUGUUACAUACGUACAUAUCUAUGUAUAUGAUAUAGGUAUGUGGGUAUGUAAUAGAGAGAGAAAUAUAUACAUAUCUACAUACAUAUAUGUAUUUACGUACGCGAGACAAAAGUUUAUUAUUCGCGUGUCUCAUGUCGUGGAGAUUGAGACACAUUUUGUUUUCUUUUCCAUCCAAAUAGUAUUAUUACAUUUUACCGCUUAUAGUUUCUCUUUAUCGUAAUUAUUGUUAUUAUAUAAUCAGCGUAUCUUUAUUUUUACACAAAUAUUUAUAUAACACUGUUCAAAAGCCGGCCUCGUUAAAAUAAUCGUGCCGCGAAUAAUGUUUAUAUAUAAAUAAAAGAUCGUCUUAUCGGACAAGAGUCUGAGAUGUUUUCGUAAAUGAAUAAUUGUUCAUAUGUGCACGUUCAAAAAUUAAUUUAUUAUCAUGCGGCCCUUAAAACAAUUGUACGAACACGAAAUUAAUCAAAUUGGAAGUUAAGUUUUAGAUUUAUCUGGUAAGUCGAAUGCGCGCUGCGACAUCAGUCGCGACUUCUCAAAUACGCAAUACACAACUUUUGUAUUGAAACCUUUGUAAAAGGUACCAAUGGAUUAUUUGUUCCAGUAUACCUUACGGCAAGCAUACCGCAAUAAUAGGUUAAAAUUACUGCGACAAAGAUAAUUUUGUAUCAAAAUAAAAGCAAUUUUCAUUUGAUUACACUCUA